AUUCUUAACCAAAUCUUAGUCUCCAAUUUUAUAUAUAACAAGAUAAAUUAUCAGUCCCCACUCACUUAAUCAGUAUCUCAAGCUAUAUAUAAGACCACUUUGAAUUCCAUAGAAAGAGUAAGAAGCAACAACAAAAAAAAAAGAGAGAGAAGAUACUUUGAUUCAAAGCUUAAGAAAAUGUCUUCCACUCAAGCCUUCCAAGAACAAGUCCAUGGCGGUUUUAUCUCUCGAAAGCUGCUUCUGCACAACCCAUUUGACCACAACACUCAACAAACCUUCAUGGUCACACCAUCUCCCCUCAUUACACAUGAGAACAACCUCAGUGGGAAUGUCUUGAUGCUUCUCUCAGUCCUCAUCUGUGGAAUCAUCUGCUGCCUCGGUUUACAUUAUAUCAUUCGUUGCGCAUUAAGACGUACUUCAAGUUUCAUGAUCUCUGAGCCUAUCUCCAGUCUUUCAACACCACAUGGGUCAUCAAACAAAGGAAUCAAGAAGAAAGCUCUUAAUAUGUUCCCGGUCGUGAGUUACUCAACUGAGAUGAACUUGCCAGGGGUCGGUGAAGAAUGCGUCAUCUGUUUGUCGGAUUUUGUUUCUGGUGAAAAGCUCAGGCUGCUCCCUAAGUGCAACCACGGGUUCCAUGUUCAUUGCAUUGACAAGUGGCUUCAACAACAUUUGACUUGUCCAAGCUGCAGACACUGUCUUGUUGAGACAUGCCAAAAGAUCUUAGGUGACUCCAGUCAAGUGACAGCAACACCAUCAGAGAGCAUAAUUGUCAGGAUAGCUACUCUAGAGCCUGAAGGAAGAUUAAACACUUUAAGAGAAAACAUCUAAAUUCUCAAGAAACCAUCAUAAGUUCAGAAUCUAUGCUCAAGUUAGAUAGAAGUUUUUUUUUUAGAUCUGAGCACAGCUCAUGUCUAUUGCCAUAGAAGAGUUUCAAAAGAAAAAAAGAAAAAAAAAAACAAAAUAGUUCAAAAUUUAACAAAUUUUUAUGUCUUUCUUUAUUUUUUGUUUUUGCCUGUAACACAAAGUGUAUACAGAGGAAAUAUAAACAUACUAGUAUAUGCUCGGGUAUUUAAUUCAUUGUUUUUUUUUCUUAUCUUUAAUUGAUAACAAAAACCUUUUUUAGUUUAAUUUAGUAAAAGUAAAUUUGAAUAAUUGGAAGAAAAUAAAUUAUGAUAACAUGAUAAUUUUUUUUCCGUCUGAUUAAUUAUGCUAUUACAACGAUAAGAAAUAUUACAUAGAUGAUUCUAUAGCCGACAAUUCUACCAUCAUAUGAGAAUGCACGUCUAAUUGCAUCGCUCCGACCGCCCUAUGAGAUCCAUGUUCGAUGAUACGCCCUUGCAUCAUGCUGAAGAAUGCACGUAUGAUUGCAUCGCUCCGAGCCGUCCUAUGAGAUCCAUGUUCGAUGAUACGCCUUUGCACCAUGCUGAAAACCUCUUGUAACUUUUUUUUUCCAUGAUCUACAUAAUUUGCGUUUUCUAGGGUUUGAACCCCAGACCU